UGUGCAGCGGUUCUAAGAGGAAGGAAGAUGGCGGAUAACAAAGGCGAAGAGGAUAUGGAAACGUCUGCUAAGUCGGACUCCGUGCCUUCACUUCAAGAUACCGAGCCGCCAGAGACGAAAACCGAUAAUGCAGUAAUAGUCAUAGAAACAAAUACAAAGGGGGAUGAAGAAGGCGAGCCCCGUGAGAAUGCAAACGAGGCUCCUACACCCAGCAGUGAAGGUGGAGACGUUAGCAGUAGCAGCGGCAGCAGCGGGGCUGCUGGUGCGGGAGGAGAAACCAACGGUAGCGCUAGCCCGGCUGGGACCAGUAGCACUAAUGCAGAGCCGACUGCGGCUGAAGCUGUCGGGGAUGCUCCAGUCGGUGGACUCGCCGCUAAAAUGUCCCCCCCUCCUGCGGCUUCUGCGGCCACGCCGGUAUCCACUCCUAUUAAUUUACUGGAUACGUGCGCAGUGUGUAAACAAAGUCUUCAAAGCCGAGACUGUGAACCAAAACUUCUGCCUUGUCUGCAUUCCUUUUGCCUGAAAUGUAUCCCGCAACCAGACAGACAGAUAAGCGUACAGGUUCCUGGACCGCACGGACAAACGGACACGCACAUAGUUAAUGUCAUGCGGUGCUCAGUUUGCCACCAGGACUACAAGCAAAGUGAUAUUAUUGACAACUACUUUGUCAAAGAUACUACAGAGGCCACCAGCACAUCAGAUGAAAAAGCUGCACAGGUGUGCACAAGUUGUGAGGACAAUGCAGGAACCAUAGGGUUUUGUGUGGAGUGUGGAGAGUGGCUGUGUAAGACCUGUGUGGAGGCCCACCAGAGGGUGAAAAUCACAAAGGACCACAAAAUUCGUACAAAGGAGGAUGCUGAUGCUGCGUCUGAGUCUGUCAGCACCUCAGGACAGAGGCCUGUUUUUUGCCCCAUCCACAAGCAGGAGCCACUGAAGCUUUUCUGUGAGACAUGUGACACUUUAACCUGUAGGGACUGCCAGCUGCUGGAGCACAAGGAGCACAGGUACCAGUUUCUGGAAGAGGCUUUCCAGAACCAUAAAAGCAUCAUUGAGACCACUAUGGCCAAAUUACAGGAAAAAAAGAACUUUGUCCAUUAUUCUGUCUCUCAGGUGCAAAGCAGGUUAAAAGAACUUAAUGAGACACACAGGAAGGUGGAGCAUGAGAUCAAAAUUGCAGUUUUUACUCUUAUAAAUGAAAUCAACAAAAAGGGCAAGUCUCUGCUGCAGCAGUUGGAGAGUGUGACCAAAGAACGCAGUAUGAGGCUUGUGGCUCAGCAUAAAGACACUACCCAACUGGCACAACAGAUUCAUCAUGUGCUCAACUUCUGCCACUGGGCCAUCACUACUGGCAGCAGCACAGCACUGCUCUACAGCAAGAGGCUGAUCCUGUAUCAGCUACGCCAGCUCUUCAAAGUUAGACUGGAGCCAGCACCCCAGGCCAACGGAGUUGUGCGCUUCUUCUGUGACCCCACCUUCUGGGCCAAAAAUGUGGUUAAUCUAGGUAAUUUGGUUAUUGAGAAACCACCUCCACCUGCACAGCCGCCCGGCGCCGUGAUGGUAGGCGGACCACCUAUAUCCCCAGUCCAAGGUCUCCCCAGCAAACACCCAGGACAGAUCAACCUGGCACAACUCAGACUGCAACACAUGCAGCAGGCAGCUUAUGCACACCAGAAGCAGCAGCACCACCAACAACAGCAGCAACACCAGCAGCAAAUACAGCAACAGAUGCGCAUCGCAUCCAGGCAGGCAGGCCCAUCCAUGGUUCAGCAGCAGCCCCCAAGACUCAUCAGUAUGCAGCAGAUACCAAGAGGGCCUGGGGGUAUGAAUGGGGGGCCGGGCCCCCCAUUGUACCCUUCCUCACACCAUAUGCGUCUACCUGGCCCAUCGCCGGGUCGAAUGCCCACCAGUCAGCCGAGACAUAAUGGACAGCAGUAUCCUACGAUGAUGCAGCCGCAGCUACAGAGACAGAUGUCUAUAGAAUCUGAGAUGAGCCACCAAAGGUUUCGUUUCUUACUACAAUCAGGGCAUUCUAAUCCAGGGCAUGCAGGACCUUUUCCGGUUGCAUCCCUGCAUAAUGCCAAUCCCACGAGUCCCACCAGUGCUAGUAUGGCCGGCGCCCACGCACACCGUAGCCCUGUAAACCCUGCCAUGGGUCCUAUUGAGCUCAUCCCAUCCGUCACCAAUCCCGAGAACCUGCCCUGCGUACCUGAGAUCCCUCCCAUUCAGUUGGAGGAUGCAGGUACCAACUACCUUGGAGACCUUAUGUAUCGCGGGAUCACAGCCAGCAAGCUUCAGCUGGGUUCAGUGGACAUGAACCCCUCACCCGGACUAUCCACACACUCUCCUGGAUCUUCAGGUGUGUCUAAUUCCCAUACGCCUGCACGGCCUUCCAGCAACUCCAGCACAGGCAGCAGGGGCAGCUCAAGAGUACCCAACUAUUACAAGAUAAUCAAGCAGCCUAUGGACCUAAAGAAGGUGAAGAAGAAGCUGCAGCUGCGGAAUUCCCAGUACUACCAGUCUGUCCAGGAGUUUGUGUCCAAUAUGCGUCUGGUCUUCAAAAACUGUGCGAAAUACAACGAGAUGUCUCGAAUAAUCCAGGUUUAUGAUGAGGAGAAACAGAUUAAUACACAGGUGGGAUCAGAGAUGGCGAUAUCCGGCAAGGCAGUGAGCCUGUACUUUGAGGAGAAGUUGCAGGAGAUCUUCCCAGGCCAAAGCUUUCCUGAAACAGCUGAACCCGAAUCUCCGCAAGAAAAAGAAAAGGAGGACGACAAUACAGACGACUCCGAGGACGACUUCAUACAGCCCCGACGCAAACGGUUGAAAACGGAUGAGAAAGUGGUCCACAUCAAGUGAGACCCUCAUCACGAAGGAAAUGAGAGAAGUGAAAAACUGCCUUCCUCAUAUCCCACACUUCUCUUUGGAGAAAGGAAACACAAAAAACAGAUGAGAGAUUCUGUAAAAGAAGCUUGGUUUAUUUCAUCCUUGGCUUUUGAAAGAAUUACUCUCAACUACACUAGACAUCUGCUUUUCUGAGAACUCUUUACGGACUGAAAGAUGGAAGAGCUGCAUUCCCUUAUUAUUUCAUGGACAUUCAGAUUCGCUUGGAAAGAUUUUGAAGUAGAACUUGUUUUGCAGUAGUUAGGAAAAGGUUGUUUCUUUUCUAUCAUCCGUUUUUCAUAUGUAGAUUUGUUGUGACAAUUGCUUUAUAAAAACAAAGAAAUCCCCUGUUCUGUUUAAUGUAUUAAAUAUAUACUUUGACAAGAAGCCUACCAAGUAUUUGUAUGACUUUGUGGAAACGUUGUGUAAAUAAGAGAAUCUAGCCCACUGAAGGUGUUCCUGCCGUAUUAAUGUUUGGGUGCGUCAUCAAUAAAACCUGUUCUUGAAAUAUAA